UGUGCCGCCUCGGUCGUCAGUGACAGGGACGUGGAGCUAUUUUUACGGGAAUUAAAGCCUGUUUUCUCUUGUGAAUUGUAAAAUUUCAUGUAAUAACGGGUCUGUCGUCCCGGAAUUUUGUUUUGUGCAUGGUUUGAAAGAGACUAGAAAUGGAUAUUCUAUAUUACGAGACUUCCAAGCUUCUUCUCGAAGUGCAACAGGGCUUCGAACGCUUUGACAAAGUCUUUGGACCCGAAUCUGAUAAUUUGGAGAAGGAAAUUCAGGCCCGACUGGACAAGGCCACAAGUAAUUGCGAGCGAAUGGAAUCGCUGGUCUUUCGAGAACCUGUUUCUAGACGCCAGGCGGUAAAAUUUAAAGUUGACCAAGUCAAGUACGACCUCCAACACCACCAAGCUUCCUUGCGAAUGCUGCAACACAAAAAGGUGCAGAAAAUCCAGGAGGAGCAGGAACGGGAGGAGCUUUUGACGCGGAGGUUCACAACCCUGGCAAGUGCCGAAGACACCAGCAUCAAUAUUGACUUGUCCUUGCAACACCACACUGCCUUACAGGGUGCCAACAGGGGGAUGGACGACCUGCUGAAUUCAGGGUCGAGCAUCCUGGAAUCAAUGCGGGACCAGCGGACGGUGCUGAAGGGCGCGCGGAGGAAGAUUUUGGACAUUGCAGGCACGCUCGGCCUGUCAAACACGACGAUUCGCUAUAUCGAAAAGCGGGCCGCCGAGGACAAGGUGCUGCUGAUCGCCGGCAUGGUCAUCACCCUGCUUAUUAUCCUGCUGACAGUCAAGUUUAUCUUGUGAUCCUUCUCUCCGGAGAGUAAAAAAAGAAAGAAAAAAGGCCGACGCUAAUAUAUAUAUAAAUUGUAUUUUUCAUUCCAUGCAUGUUUCACAGAAAUUGUUGUAUUUAAUUAAAGAAGUGACGCCUCCCACUAAUAUGUUUCUGGUACAUGUUUCAUCAAAAUGGGAAUUAAAUGAUUCUUGUAUAUUA